UUUUACUUUCAUUAACACACACGUACACAUGCAUGCAUGCAAACACAUUCUCUUAUUUAGUCACCUAUUAUAUAUUACUCUUACUUUAACUUUAAUUAUAUAUUAAUUGUAAUUUGGCUCUGUCCCAGUGAAGGCUACAAUGCCUCUCUUUACGGUGGCUCUAUCAAGAAUAAUACUUCGAGAACAACAAACAUGGAAGAUUUAUCUAAGUCUUGUGCCGAUAGUUGGUGGAGUAGCUGUAGCUACAUUAACGGAGCUUAGUUUCAACGUGGUCGGCUUGAUAAGCGCGUUAGCAUCCACUAUGGCAUUUUCUUUGCAAAAUAUUUAUUCAAAGAAGGUGCUGCACGAUACAGGAGUACAUCAUUUGCGGCUACUACAUAUACUUGGUCGCUUAGCGUUGUUCAUGUUUUUUCCAAUUUGGAUCAUAUAUGAUUUGCGCAGUUUAAUGUAUGAAUCGGUGAUAAAACCAUCAAUAGAAAUAAGUUAUUAUGUACUAGGGCUAUUAUUUUUAGACGGUAUACUUAACUGGUUUCAGAACAUUAUUGCAUUUUCUGUAUUGUCCAUUGUGACUCCUUUAACAUAUGCUGUGGCGAGUGCUAGUAAACGCAUAUUUGUGAUAGGGAUAACAUUACUUGUACUUGGCAAUCCAGUUACAUGGCUUAAUAUAUUUGGUAUGACUAUGGCUAUAUUAGGAGUAUUAUGUUACAAUAAGGCCAAAUAUGAUCAAAAAAUAGAGAAGCAAAAAAAGACGAUUCUGCCAAAAUAUUAUAACAUAACGCAAAAUGGUAAUAGUAAUUUUUUUAUAGUAAAUGGAUUUUCUGAUGGAUACCAAUCAUUUGCAGUCUAGUUUCAAUUAACAAUUUUAUUUUGACAAGUACAUGUGAGUUUUCCGCAUUAGAAAAAGUACAUUAUUUUCUUUUUUAAAUGAUUAA